AUGGCUUUCAAGAUAGAGCUCGACACCCUCGGCCAACUACCAGGUCUCCUUUCGAUCUACACCCAAAUCAGUCUCCUCUAUCCCGUCUCCGAUCCCUCUCAAUAUCCCACUAUUGUCAGCACCCUCGAGCAAGGUCUUAAGCGCUUCUCCGAAGCCUUCCCAUUCGUCGCAGGCCAGGUGAAAGCCGAGGGCAUUAGCGAAGGAAACACAGGAACUUCCUUUAUCAUCCCUUUUGAGGACGUUCCUCGUCUUGUAGUGAAAGACCUCCGCGAUGAUCCUUCAGCGCCGACGAUCGAGGGUAUGAGAAAGGCGGGAUACCCUAUGGCGAUGUUUGACGAGAACAUCAUCGCACCAAGGAAGACAUUACCUAUUGGACCUGGUACUGGUCCCAACGACCCAAAGCCUGUAAUUCUAUUGCAGCUCAACUUCAUCGAGGGCGGACUCAUCCUCACUGUCAACGGACAACACGGUGCUAUGGAUAUGGUCGGUCAAGAUGCGAUGAUCCGUCUCCUCUCCAAGGCGUGCCGUAACGACCCAUUCACCGAAGAGGAAAAGACGGCCAUGAACCUCGAUCGCACGACGGUAGUUCCUUUCCUUGAGAACUACAAGAUUGGCCCUGAGGUAGAUCAUCAGAUUGUCAAACCUGAUGUAGCUGGUGGCGACGCUGUUCUCACGCCGGUCAGUGCAAGCUGGGCGUUCUUCACAUUCAGCCCCAAGGCCAUGUCAGAGCUCAAGGAUGCUGCUACCAAGACUCUUGACGCAUCGACAAAGUUCGUGUCGACUGAUGAUGCUCUUUCGGCGUUUAUCUGGAAAUCGGCCUCGCGCGUGCGUCUCGAAAGAAUCGACGGCUCUGCACCUACCGAGUUCUGCCGUGCUGUCGAUGCUCGACCGCCAAUGGGUGUCUCGAACAACUACCCAGGCCUUCUUCAAAACAUGACCUACCACAACUCGACCGUCGGUGAAAUCGCCAACGAGCCACUCGGCGCAACAGCAUCACGCCUUCGUUCAGAACUCGACCCCGCGCGCAUGCGCCAGCGAACACGAGGUCUCGCGACGUACCUGCACAACAACCCCGACAAGUCCAACGUAUCCCUGACGGCUGAUGCGGACCCAUCUACCAGCAUCAUGCUGAGUUCUUGGGCCAAGGUGGGAUGCUGGGAGUACGACUUUGGGUUCGGACUGGGCAAGCCCGAGACUGUGAGACGGCCAAUCUUUGAGCCCGUUGAGAGCUUGAUGUACUUUAUGCCCAAGAAGCCUGAUGGCGAGUUCUGUGCGGCGCUUUCUCUGAGGGAUGAGGAUAUGGAUAGAUUGAAGGCGGAUAAGGAGUGGACCAAGUACGCGCAGUACGUUGGUUAG